GUUACAUUAGAAUUUAAGUUGAACAAAUACAGCUGGAGAAAUCAAAUAUAUUUUGAUCAGAUUAGGUGUAUUGAAAAAGGUUUGUACAUAUUUCUUCAUCCAUGUUAAUAUAAUAUCAGAAAACAACAAAAACAUUAGUUAUUUUUAUUAUCUUGUGCGAGAGUGAGAAUUUAUGUGACCUAGAAUACGAAGAAAUGACAAUAAAGGCGGGACAAAGGACGAAUGACAAUUGACUUUUAGCACUAGAUAAAAAAGUGCCCUGCGAAGUGUCCUGCAAAGUGUCCUUCGAAGAGCCCUGUGAGGUGCCCUGCGAAGUGCCCUGCGAGUGUAUUUAAAGCUCCCAUUUGAACUACUGAAGUCGUACGAGAACAUCAACCGAUCAACUAGACAAUCGACUUAGAUAUCAAUCUUAUUGUCGUACUGAACGUUAAGAAUGAAUUCACACAUGAACAAGUGGUGAUACGAACUUUGUUAUUUGAUUAGCGUUAGUAUGACAAAUUGAAAGCAUGAUUAAAAAAAAUGAAUAUUAAUAAAAACGAAAUAAAAAUUCAAAGUGUUACGUAUGGCUGCUAAUUGUAAAGGUUUAACGAAUUUACUGUCUUUAAAAUUAGGUUUCUACUCUCUGCAUGUGGAUUCAUUGGUCAGCAGAUGUUUCUCUUUUGCUCGUAGAGUUGGAGUAGUGAAGUGCUUGUUUACAUUUUGAGAUUAACAAACAUUGGUUGUUGUAAUCAACAUUCAAACUUUCUGAUUCGUAUUGUAUUAAUGAUGACCGUGGAACGAAUUGACGAAAAAUGCGGGACCACUCACAACAUGACAACGCUGUCAAUAUUUUCAGCAGUGACGUCCUUUUCCAUGAUGACCAUAUCAGUUCCGUUAAACGUCUUAAUUAUCAUAUGUAUUGUGCGUAAAAGGCGAACAACAUUUAAAAACUUAUUUUACAAAAUGUUACUCAACAUCGCUUUGGCUGAUUUGCUGACGGGAAUCUUAGCUACUCCGACUUCAGUUAAUUUUUUUAUUAAAGAAGCGAAGAGGGUAAAUAUCACCUUUGCUGAGACGAUAGCGACGCAUAUUUCUGUCUUUCUUACAGACGGCGUAGCAUUAAUUACGAUGACGUUAUUAUGUAUUGAUAGAAUGACGGCACUUAUGUUUCCUAUCAAAUAUCACAAAGGGAUAAAAGUACGUACAGAGAACAUUAUUGUUAUAUUGACAUGGCCUUUGGGUAUUUUGUUCGUCAUUCCGUAUUUUGAGUUGCAUUUUAUUAAAGAGUUAGCCGUGUUUUCUGCAGUCAACAUCACAGUGGCUGUUUCCUCCAUGAUUAUUACGACAGUCGUCUAUAAAACAAGGUUUCAAAAAACAGGACGAACAGUAAAACCGCCGCCAUCAGUUGAUUCCACGUGCAAAAAAGUCGAAUUUAAAAUCAAUUUAACGGCGUCACCUCCGAAUUCAAAGCGAGACUCCACAAGCACACUUGUACAGUUUGCGCUUCAGAAUAAUCGCCGGAAACUGACCCUUGAUGAGUCUCCCAAAGUGAAAGAAAGCUAUUUGUCACUGGAACAUGUUCAUUUUCCUUGUACUGCAGACGAUACUGAUGAAAGGAAACGAAGGAGUAGUACGAUCCAAUCAGUAUUAUCGUAUCUAUCGCUACGUAACGAGACACGUAAAGGAAGUGUUACAGAUAAUCUGAGUCCUCGCAUGAAUAUCCAGCGAAAAGCUACUCGAACUUUCAUGUACAUGUUAUUAGUUUUUGUUGCUGCUUACUUGCCAACUUGCGUUAUGAUGAUAUAUAUGAACUUGUGUGUAUCGUGUGACUGUAUCGUUGUUCAUAUCAUGCGAGAUUUAUCGAUUAUGUCGAUUUUGUCGAGCUCCAUAUUUCGACCGACAAGUUUUAUACUCAGCGUACGACAUUUAAGAAAGUCGGUAUUUAAUUUGAUCUGUCCAACCAGGAAACGAGAAUGACAAAUGACAGCUAAAGUCAGAUUUUAGUAUAAUUUAGUGAAUAAGAACUUAAAUUAAAAUUUUACACCGAAUCUCUUACGUGCAACUUUCAUCAGCAUUAAGAACCAUUAAUGAAUACACAUUUCUUCUUUUAGUGUUUAAAAUGCCAUUGCAACUAGAAGUUGAUUUUCUGACGGAUUAGUAAAUUUUACCCGCCAAAUUUUAAGGGCUUACAAAACCUUUUUUAGAGAUGAAAUCUGGAGAUUUUUUGCCUUAAAGCCUUUUUAACACAAAUAAUCAGGGACAGUGAGCUCUACUUGUGUUAUGCUGUUAUUAUUUUUUGAGGGUAGCAAUUUUUAGUUUACAAGUUUAAUUUUUUAUUUUAUUUAGCAUGUUUUCUUUAUCAAGUUUAAUUAGUGUUGUACAGAUUUAUGUUUGCAAAAAGCUGAACUUUUCCAAAUUCACA